AUGGACACCCCCAUGGGGUUUGGGGGUGGCACAGAACCUGUUACCGCCGCGUCUACCCUGUCCGUCUGCUGCAGCGACCUGAGCUGUGGCAGCCAUGUCUGCGCCCCAACCACUCUCCUUGGCUCCUCCAGGCAAGUGGACAAUUGCCAAGAGAGCUGUUGUGAGCCCCCCUGCUGCACCCCCAGCUGCUGCCAGUCCACCAGCUGCACCCCAGCCCCCUGCCUGAUCCUUAUCUGUGCCCCUGUGAGCUACAUGUCCAGCCCCUGCUGCCAGAGGGCCUGUGGGCCCAGUACCUGCCAAUCAACCUGCACCAAUUUCUGCACGCCCUCUUGCUGCCAGCAGUCUAACUGCCUGCCCUCCUGCUGCACCUCCUCCCCCUGCCAGCAGGCCUGCUGUGUGCCCGUCUGCUGCACACACCUACCCUCUUCCUGCGUGUCCCUCAUCUGCCGCCCCAUGUGCAGGCCUGCCUGCUGCGUGCCCACCUCCUCCUGCUGUGGCCCUGCCUCCUCC